UUAUGGUGGGAAUGAUGAGGAGUGGAGGAACUGAAUACACACUCGUGUGACAUGUUUCUCGUCCAGUUUGAAACUAAUGAUCCCCGUUGGUUGUUAAGAAUCGGCAGGAAUCGAAGAAAAACCUAGAAACCCUAAUUUGAUUCGGCUGGUAUAGGGAUCAGCCUCGAUCGAUUUCGUUCGAUUUCGCGUUGCUUCUUCGGAAGUUUGAGCUUCGAAUUGGUGGACUACUGCUUCGAAUCGAAGAGCACCACCACCUCUUCGAUCGUUGAACGCUUCGCACUGAAUGCCAGACAUGAUAAAUACUGUAGAUGAUACAGUGCGUGGUCGUUGAACGGUUGGAGUGUAUCUGUCAAUGGCUUUAUUUCUAUCUCUAUUCUCGCGGAGAUGGGCCAUUUCAUCGUCUCUUUUAAUACGAUUACGAUCUCGAACUUUUAGAUCAAAGGCGGCACUGGAUGCCUUGUCAAAAGCUUCUGAAGAAAAUAUCCCCAACCUUGUGCUAUACAACUACCCAUCUUUCUCGGGAGCAUUUGGAGCUCUUUUCGCUCGGCUCUACCAUUUACAUUUCAAUUUACCUUGUCUCAUCUUGCCCUUUUCAUCCGUCGAGCCUCUCAGGGUUGAAGAUUUACAUAUCGAAGGCAUCCAGACGUGUUAUCUCAUGGACUUUGUUGGACCUAAGGAAUUUGCAAUGGAGCUUUCACGAUUCAUGGGCCGGGUGAUAGCCUUUGAUCACCGUAAUUCCACAUUGGCAAAGAUGUCCCCAGCAGAAGAUUGUCCUACAAAUUUAACAUUUUAUAUUGACGUCGAGAAAAGUAGCUCGACUGCUGCCUAUGAUUACUUUGCUAAUAAAUACGAAGAACGGAAAUCUGCAGAACAGCGGGAGGUUCCAAGCUUACUAAACCGUGAAGACAGAGAGUGUCUAGCAAUGGUCCUCAAAUACAUUGAAGAUGGAGAUCUUCGCAGAUGGAGCUUACUUGACAUCAAAGCAUUUAAUAUUGGACUAAGUGAACUGCGUUCAAAGCUGAAUUGCCUCACUAAUCCGUAUGUGUUUGAUCAGUUACUGGAGAUCAGUUCUAUGGAUUUAAUUGCAAAGGGAAAUUCUUAUAUUUCUGCUCGCCAGAAUGCUGCAAAUAAGUUGCUGGAUAAAGCUUUCAAGGUUCGAUUGGGGAAAGGAUUCUAUGGAGAGUGUCUGGGAAUUAGAGCUGAUGGAAAUUCUGACUUAAGUGAUGAGAUUGGCAAGGAACUUAGUGUGAGGAGUGCUGCAGCUGGUUUAAGGCCCAUAGGUGCUGUUGUUUACAUGCAACGGACCAAUCUUAAAAUGUCCUUGAGGAGUAUGGAUACUACUACUGAUACCUCUGAAGUUGCAAAGGCAUAUGGUGGAGGCGGCUCUAGGAGUUCUAGCUCCUUUAUAAUAAGGAUGGAUGAAUACAACCAAUGGAUUUCAGUGAACUAAUCAUGAAAAUAUCAGCUGUUGGACCAUCCUUGAAAGGAGUUGCUUGCAUCUGAUAACAUCUAUUAAUUUGAUAAAUGCAAGAGGGAGAGGUCCUUAGUCAUGAAGUACAAGAAUGGAAAGAGGGAUGCAAUUUGCAAAGCAUGCAUAAGGAGCAAAGCCACCCUUUUGGUGCCUCCUUCAUACGGUCUGUCCUACAACCUGUGCAAUUCUCAUAGUAGACCUUCUUCAGUAACAGUUUGUUAAUGUAUAUUGACGCUGCCCUUCCCUAAGAGUUCGAACUGUUAGGGAAGGGCAAUGUCAAUGUAUACAUUAACAUGGCAACAAGUCGAUAUGGUUGAAAACCUAUAAUAGUGAUUGGGACAAUUUAUGUACUUAUAUUCAACACGUUCUUUGGUCUUUGUACAAAUAUUAGAUGACACUUUCUAUAAGGUUUUUCUUGGAGGUUUCAAUUGCAUACUUGAUUCAAUAAGACAUAUGCUGUUGAAAUUUGUUUAAAUAAGUAUCGUGGUUUGGGAUAAUUGGUCAUCUAUACAUCAAGAGGCCUAUGAUUGGUUAUUGGGAAAGGUAUUAGGACUAAGCUCUAAUUUCCCUUCCUUUGCAACUCCUCCGGAGCCUCACGAACCCAUCAACUCGUCGGCUGCUUUGACAAAUUUGGUUUAGAGUUCAAAAGUAUUUUUCCUUCAAGUUCUGCUUAGUUUGACUUGGCCAACUCACCUUCCUUCGUGACCUUGAUUGUUGGCUCGCUUUGCUUUUCAAUUGAACCUCGUUGUUCUCCCACCCUAGCAACACGUUCUACUUGUGAUCUUUGAUGCAGUGGAUGAUUUUGAAGAGGGGAGAACAAACAGUCACAUUUAUCAAAAUCCUCCACUACAUCCUUACCAGCUUACCCUUGGCCAAUCACCUAAUGGAUCUCCACUGAGUUUCACCCAAGCUUCAUCCUAGUCAUGUAUAGAACAUCCAAGUUUGGGACUAUAAGCAAUGACAAUUACCCUACAAAUACUCACUUUCGCUAUGGUUCAAGUGGGUUUCUUUUUACUAAGCCACUGCCUAUGGGUAGCUGACUUAUUCUUCCACAUGAGAGUGGUAACUCAAAAGUUCUUGGGGUUUGUUAUUUAUUACAAAAGAUGGAGUCAGAGCGUACUCAGCCAAAACUUAAGUCAUCCUUCAAAAUAAAACCACCAAUUAACAUCCGAGUUAUAACCGUUCGAGUUUUUAGAUUAUAUAUGCAAGAACUUCUCUGUAGGCUGUGCAAUAUGACCUCCAAUAGCUGGAUGAAUGAUCAGUCAUAUGCCUCUCUACUGAUUGUCCCAAAGCACGAUAUUCAUCUUGACAAAUUCAUAUGCCCUUAUUGAGCCAAGUAUGCAAUUGAAACUCCAAGAAUAAACCUGGUAGAAAGUGCCAUCCAAUAAUUUGUAUUAAGGCCAAAGAGUGUGUUGAAUAUAAGUACAGAAAUUGUUCUAAUUAUUAUUAUAGGUUUUUUGCCAUAUCAAUUGACCGCCAUGUUAAUGUAUACAUUAACUCUAUUCAUAUUGAGAGUCAUUUUAUUGUUGUCUUUCUGCAAGUUAAUGUAUUCCUUUUUGUUUUGUAGAGAUAUUGAAAAUGAUAUUUAUACAUUACAUGCUAUUUUAAAUAUUUUUCACGAUAUUUCUGGACA